CUCUCUCUCUCUCUCUAUUGAGGGAAAAGAUCUUGCAACUCCUGAAAUUCCAAAGCUUUUGAAGGACUGAAAAUGGCGAAACCGGGAAAAGAAGAAAUGAAAGGAAAGGGAAAGACCAACAACAGCUUUGAGGAAAAGAGAAACACUUUCAUUGAGGAGAAUCUACAGAACAUACCGGAAGAUAACCGCCGAUUUCUUGAAAGAAUUAGAGAAAGAUUCGAUCGAGUGGGGAUGAAUCUCCCAAAGGUGGAGGUGAGGUUCAAGAAUCUUCACGUGGAAGCCAACUGCCAGAUUGUUUAUGGCAAACCACUUCCUACUCUUUUCAAUGCGCUUAAAAGCUCCAUCUAUGGACCUGUAAAUGCUAUGUUGAAGAUUUUUGGUGUGAAGUUUAGAGAAGCAAAGAUCGCUAUCUUAAAGGAUGUUAGUGGCAUCAUCAAGCCUUCCAGGAUGACUCUUUUGCUGGGACCUCCAGGCUGUGGGAAAACCACACUCUUGCGUGCACUUGCAGGGAUGCUAGAUCACUCUCUCAAGGUGGAAGGAGAGGUCUCCUAUAAUGGUUUUAGGUUAGAUGAAUUUAUCCCUCAGAAAACAUCAGCAUACAUUAGCCAACAUGACUUGCACAUAUCUGAGAUGACAGUACGAGAAACAUUAGAUUUUUCAGCUCGUUGCCAAGGUGUUAGAAGCAGAGCAGAACUCCUGAAAGAACUCGAGAAAAGAGAGAAAGAGGCUGGAAUAGUUGCCGACUUUGAGUUGGAUGCAUACAUGAAGGCAAUAGCAGUUGAUGGCUUGGAGAGAAGUCCUCAAACAGAUUACCUUUUAAAGAUCCUUGGUCUGGAGAUCUGUUCGGACGUCAUUGUAGGUGAUGCCAUGAGAAGAGGCAUAUCUGGUGGAGAGAAGAAACGAGUGACUCUGGGCGAAAUGAUUGCUGGCCCGUCUAGGACCUUUUUCAUGGAUGAGAUAUCAAAUGGAUUAGAUAGCUCCUCUACAUUUCAGAUCAUUGCCUGUCUUCAGCAAAUGGCUCAUAUCAUGGAAACCACCAUAUUGGUUUCACUUCUUCAGCCAGCUCCUGACGUCUUCAAUCUCUUUGAUGAAAUAAUCUUAAUGGCAGAAGGGACGAUCAUUUACCAUGGCCCUCAUCACUGUGUUCUUGAGUUUUUCGAGAACUGUGGUUUCAGGUGCCCAGAAAGGAAGAGCCCAGCUGAUUUCCUCCAUGAGGUCAUCUCGAAGAAGGAUCAAGCACAGUUCUGGUGUCACUCAGGCCGGCAAUAUCAUUAUGUUCCAGUUGAGCGGUUUGCAGAAAGAUUCAAGGCAUUUUCUGCGGGACAGAAGUUAUCGGAGGAACUUUCACAGCCACAUUGUAUGCUCAAAGGUGCCAAGGAUGCUCUAUCCUUCAGUACAUACUCUCUGAGUAAACGAGAACUAUUCAAAGCUUGUUGUAGUCGAGAAUGGAUUCUUGUGAAAAGAAACCCAAUUGUAUAUGUUUUAAAAAUGAUGCAGCUUAUGUUCCUUGCAUUCGUCACGAUGACUGUAUUUAUGCGAACACAGAUGAGUGUUGAUCUGGUUCAUGCAAAUUACUACAUGGGUGCCCUUUGUUACACCCUUCUCUUGCUCAUGGUCAAUAAUAACCCGGAGUUGUACCUGACUCUUUCAAGGCUUGCAGUAUUCUACAAACAAAGAGAUUCAUACUUCUAUCCUGCAUGGGCAUUCUCACUCCCUUCAUCUGUACUCAAGAUCCCACAUUCUUUGGUUGCGUCUUUGUUUUGGACAUCGCUUACUUAUUAUGUAAUUGGUUAUAGUCCAGAAGCAGGCAGAUUCUUCUGCCAAUUCCUUCUAUUUUUCGCGGUCCAUCUAAUGUCUGCAUCAAUGCAACGUGCUGUAGCAGCGGUAUUUCGCACUUUUAUGGCUGCUACAACGGUGAUGUCCUUUUCUAUAUUGAUAAGCCUCUCAUUUGGAGGCUUCAUACUUCCACUGUCUUCUAUUCCGGCUUGGAUGACCUGGGGAUUUUGGGUUUUUCCACUGUCUUAUGCAGAGAUAGGUGUUACCGUCAAUGAAUUCCAUGCGCCGCGAUGGAGACUGAUUUCAUCUGCAAAUGUAAGUGUUGGGGAGCAAGUAAUGAGAAGAAGAGGCCUGCUGUAUGAAUCCUACUUCUACUGGAUAUCUUUGGGGGCUUUGUUCGGGUUCAUUGUAAUUUUGAACGCCGUCUUCACCUUGGCCUUGACAUUUCUGAAGUCUCCAAGUAGGUCCCGGGCUGUGAUAACCUUUGAAAAGCUUUCCCAAUUACAAGGAAAAGAUGAUUGUAAUUCGUCGGUUUUUCUGCCGAUCUCAAGCAUGGAACAAAAAAGAGGAAAAGUUACUUUACCUUUUGAGCCCCUGGCUUUGUCAUUUCAGGGUGUGCAGUAUUUUGUUGAUAUGCCCCGGAAAAUGAAAAGUCAAGGUGUGGCUCGGAAAAACAUCCAGCUUCUAAGAGAUGUCACAGGUGCAUUCAGGCCUCAUGUUCUUACAGCCUUAAUGGGUGUCAGUGGAGCAGGCAAGACAACACUUCUGGAUGUUCUCUCUGGAAGAAAAACUUUUGGUACUAUUCAAGGAGACAUUAGGAUAGGAGGGUAUCCCAAGGUGCAGGAAACAUUUGCUAGGAUAUCUGGUUACUGUGAGCAAAAUGACAUACAUUCCCCACAUAUUACCGUUGAAGAAUCUGUUAUACACUCAGCUUGGUUGCGUCUUGGGCCACAGAUCAAUGAAGAGACUAAGAUGGAAUUUAUAAAUGAAGUUCUGGAAACUGUUGAGCUUGACGAAAUCAAAGACACUUUGGUUGGAAUUCCUGGUGUAAGUGGCCUAUCUAUAGAGCAGCGGAAAAGGCUGACACUUGCAGUGGAACUUGUUUCAAACCCAUCUGUCAUGUUUAUUGAUGAGCCUACAUCAGGUUUAGAUGCAAGGACAGCCGCAAUUGUGAUGCGUGCAGUGAAGAAUGUAGUUGGCACUGGAAGAACAGUAGUUAGCACUAUUCACCAGCCAAGUAUCGACAUCUUUGAAUCAUUUGAUGAGAUAAUAUUGAUUAAAAAAGGAGGCCAGAUUAUCUACUCUGGUCAGCUAGGCUGGCAUUCAGAGAGGGUUAUUAAUUACUUUGAGAGUAUUCAAGGCGUGCCAAAGAUCAAAGUUAACGCCAAUCCAGCAACUUGGAUGUUAGAAAUUACUUCUACAUCUGUUGAAAGACAACUUGAUAUAGAUUUUGCUCAAGUUUAUAAAGAGUCGUCCCUUUAUCAGGACACCAAACUGCUGGUUGAACAGUUGAGCAAACCCACUCCAGGCUCGAAGAAACUACGUUUUUCCACCCGUUUCUCUGUGAAUGCAUGGGGCCAAUUCACUGCAUGCCUGUGGAAGCAUUGGUUGUCAUAUUGGAGAAGUCCUGAUUACAACCUGAAGAGAAUCUCUUUUGCAUUUUUCUCAUCGUUGUUCUUUGGUUUUCUUUUCUGGAACCAUGGAAACAAUAUAAACACAGAGCAAGACUUGUUCCACAUGGCAGGAUUUAUGUUUUGUGCAGUAAUAUUCCCCGGCAUACUAAAUUGUAAUUCGGUUCAACAUUUGGUGGUGAAGGAACGCCUUGUAAUGUAUAGGGAAAGAUUUGUCGGAAUGUACUCUUCUCAUGUCUAUUCCCUUGCACAGAUAGCAAUUGAAAUUCCUUAUGUAUUCAUAGAAGCAGUUGUAUUUGGGAGCAUUACAUAUUGGGCAGUUGGGUUUCACUUGUCAGCUUAUAAGUUUCUAUGGUACUUUGGUGCCUUGUUCUCUUCGUUACUCAGCUGCACAUAUAUGGGAAUGUUGAUUAUAUCUGUGAGCUCAAGUACUAAGGUUUCCAACAUAUAUUCAAGCACCAUUUUCACUAUGUCCAAUCUCUUUGCAGGCUUUAUGAUACCGAGGCCUCAAAUCCCAACAUGGUGGAUAUGGUUCUACUGGAUCUGCCCAACCGCAUGGACCUUAAAUGCACUUAUGACUUCUCAAUACGGUGAUGUAAAGAAGGAGAUUGAAGUUUUCGGGGAACACCAACGUGUUGACACCUUCUUGAAGGACUACUUUGGGUUUCAACAUGAUAGCUUGCCUAUUGUUGCUGCAGUGUUGGUUGGCGUUCCUCUCCUCUUUGCUUCUCUCUUUGUCGUUGCUAUUGCCAAAUUCAAUUUCCAGCGGAGGUGAGAUGAAUUGCUGGCCUUGUUUCUGAAGUGGCAGUGGAAGGCUUAUGUUUUCUGAAUUGGAGCAAAAUGGGGAUCUGUAAUGUACAUUUGUGGUUGGAAGAUUAAGAAGUUUGAACUUGUCAACAGAUCCACGUGCUCUUUUGUUGUCUGAUUGUAGAAGAAUUCAUCUCAAUAUGCAGAAUGCCAUUUAAGAACUCGGACUCAAUAUGGAAUUCACCAUUUUGAUGUCUUAGUUGGGCUGAGCUGAGUUCUGAUUUUUAUUAUCAAUUAUCAGUAAACAUUAUUUACUGUUUUCACUAAGCAGGUUCUGGUUUUGGUUG